AUGGCUGACGACGAGGAGCGCAUCAAAGCAGAGAAGCUGGCCGCGGCCAAGAAAAGAGUGGCCCAACUUCAGAAGAAGAAGAAAGCGAAGAAGACUCCCGCCGCUGGAGCGGAUACACCCAAAGAAGACCCGACGGAAACAGCAGAUGCAUCACCAGAUGCACCAACAGAGGCUGAACCCACCAACGAAGCCCCUGCAGAAACACAACAGACAGACGCCCCCGCGGAAGCUGAGCAAGAUGAACCCGCCGAACCGGAGCCCGCUACCUCCCCGCCAGUGGCCUCAGAGGAGCAAUCACCCCCACAGACCGAAGAUGCGCCAGUUGAGUCUCCAGUUGAGCCGAUGCCACCAGCACCUACAUCUCCUGGCCCGGACGCCGAGCCACUGCCGAUGCUCGAUACGCCCCGCGCCAAUCAUGCGCGCCAGCCAUCUCUAUCGAUCCAGUCCAAGAUGCGGUCAUCGUCUUUCCGCAAAACAUCCGUUUCUCAAGGCAGUGUCUCCCCCUCUCCAUCCUCCGCUCUCAAGUCCCCCGCACAAUCAUUACCGCCCCUGACCGGUGACGGGGAGUCUGUCCAUGAAGUGUUCCGCAAACAGUCUACGAAGAUCGAGGAGCUCGAGAAGGAGAAUAAGCGACUGGAGAAGGAUUUGUCGGACGCCACGACACGCUGGCGCAAGACCGAAGAGCAGGUGGAGGAUCUGCGCGAGGCAAGCGUUGAUGGCGCAGAGCUGAGGGAGCAGUUGAAGAAGGCUGAAGAACAGGUAGCAAGUAUUGAGUCUUUGAAAGAGGAGAUUGCUUCCCUCCAGAGACAGAAUUCACAGCUACAAACGCGAUCACAUCGUACUGUCAGCAACACAGAGUCACCUCCUGCUGACCUGGUUCGUCAGCUCGAGUCUAAAUCGGCUACCAUUGAAUCCAUGGAGUUGGAGAUCUCAAACUUGCGCGCACAAGUCACUUCCCAGACAUCCUCCAACGAUGCGCACGAAUCUCAGGUCGCAGCGCUCGAAGAGAAGGCCUCCAAGAGCCAAGCUGAGUUCGAAAGCUCCCAGCGUGAAUUGGCCGAGACCAAGGCCGCCUUGACCAGUGCAUCGGAAAAGGCAGCCAAAGAAGAUGUUGACAAGACAUCCACUGAGGCGCAGAUAAAGUCACUCCAACAGGAGAUUGAGGAACAUAAGAACGACAAGGUCGAAUCAGAGAAGAAACUGGAGAGCCUGGACAAGAAACUUCAAGCCAUCGGCAAUCUCCACAAGGAGACCGAAGCCCGACACCAGACCCGACUGCGCGAAAGUGAAAAAGCCGAUAAAGAAAUCACCGUCAUGCGCAAGAAGAUCGCCAGCAUUGAAAAUGAGAACCUCCGUCUCCGCGAGGAGAGCGAUCGCAUCCGCACGCGCCAAGCCAGCGGUGGGGCCGACGACGACGCCCUAGAUGAACUCGAAGACGAAGAGCGGCAGCGACUCGAGCGCCGCAUCCGCGAACUGGAAGGUGAAGUCUUUGACCUGCGCCGUGGAGUCUGGCAAGAGAAGCGUCAAGAGCUAGAAUACUACCCGGAUGACGGACCUAGCCCUGCCGGAGAUGCGAAUGCAUUUGACGACGUUGAUCUCGUUGGUGGAAGGCCUGACCACGCCCGUCGCCGCAGCAUGGGCCAGCAACAACACUCGUCUUUCUCUACCGUCCUGUCCAGUGGAUUUGCUGCGUUCACGGGAGCUGGUGGGAACCGGGCCGCCUCGUCGUCCAACCCGCCUCACCCUGGUAGUUUGGAGCUUGUGUCCGAAGAGAACUUUGAUGACGAGUUUGACGAGAAUGCGUUUGCGAUUGCGCAGGCCGAAGAAGAAGGGAGGAAACGUGUCGCUUGGAUGCGCGAUAUCAAGAGCAAGCUUCGCGACUGGAAUGGCUGGCGGUUAGAUCUGGUUGAUAGCCGUGCUGGCGCAGAGGGCGCAGGCGUAGGCAUGGGUGAGAUCUUCGAAGUCUAA